AUGGAGCUCGGACGCGUCCGACCAUUUGCUGGCACAGGGCUGGGGGAACAUCCCGACAUCCAGACCGGAUCUGAUGUCGGUCUAUUUACUUUCUCCACAUGCUGGAUCUAUAGCAAGUCGAGGCUGGUUGUUGAGUGGACUGCUCUUGUCCUUCCGUCAUUCACGGCGGAAAUCCGGGGCUUGGCGCGGAUUACGGGAUGGCGGACUUGA